AUGACAAAUAUCGCCAAGAAAGUAAAGAAGCUUGCAACGGUACAGCUGUACAAUCUUAAAGUACUACUAAAUGGUCGUGGUUUGUCAAAUUUCAAGAAACGCUACAAACUUAAAGGAGAACUUGGUCGUGGUGGUUUCGGAAUCGUUUAUCGCGGAAUUCGGAUUUCUGAUGAACUUCCUGUUGCUAUUAAAUUCAUUGAUCGAGAUCAAGUUCGCAAUUGGGGAAAGUUAGAAGAUGAACGAUUACCAAUGGAAAUUUGCAUGUUAGCACGAUGUGUUAAUGUACCGGGAGUGAUCAAAUUACUGGAUUGGUACAGUAUGCCAGAAGGUUUCUUGAUUGUAAUGACACGUCCGUAUCCAUGCGUUGACCUCUUCGAUUUUAUCAAAAGUCAUAAGAAAUUAGAUGAAAAUCUUACACGAUUUUUAUUUCGACAAAUAGCUCUGACUAUUCGCGAUUGCGAUCAACAAAAAGUAUUACAUCGUGAUCUCAAGGACGAAAAUAUAGUAAUUGAUUUAGUGAACGGUGAAACAUUUUUGGUUGAUUUUGGUGCUGCAACUCUACUGACGAAAAAUAGCUACACUGAUUUCCAGGGAACUCGUUUAUAUUGUCCACCCGAAUGGUUUUUGCAUUCAGUAUAUUUGGGCCGCGAAGCAGCGGUCUGGUCAUUAGGUGUUCUUCUCUAUAAUAUGCUCAACGGGAGUUUGCCAUUUCGUAAUGAAAAGGAGAUUUGUACAUCACAUCUACUAGGACCAUUACCAUUCUAUAAAGAAAUUAGCAAAAGUGCUAAGGAUUUAAUCAAUCAAUGUUUACACUUUGAACCGAAUAAACGAUGUAGCUUGGAUACAAUCCUAAAGCAUUCAUGGAUACGAGCUCCAUGUGCUGACUGGUGUACACUGAUAGAUCGGGUAUAUCAGCAAAAUUCACCUGACGACCAACAAUGUGAUACUAUCUGCGCGGAUCGCAUAUCGAUGGAACAGGUAGAAUCAAGUUAUGCUGAGUCAGGUGUCGGUAGCACAUCUAGUUUCAACUCAUCUGCGUCAUUAUCAUUCACGACAUGUUAUCGUCGAGGUGAACCAGGAGUAUGUGGUAUGGUUGCCGGACCGUCAGCGUAUCAUGGUUAUCAACAUCGUGGUAGAAUUCAAGUUUGUCAAUCAAAAACUUCAUUAAUUGGUGAUUCUCCUUCACCAGUGAACAGCCAAGACUUUAUGAAGAUGGUUUAUCUACAGCAGAAUAUUCCCAGCGGUCGAACGAAUAAAGCACAUUCCAUUAAUCAUCUAACCAUUUUUGCUCCCCGGUUUACUUUUUCACAUAUUCCAAAUCCGGAAGAUAGUAACUGGACACUAUCUCGUGUUUUGAAACCUUUAACUAGGAAGAAACGUUCCAUCGAUUCCGGACAUCAAUCGACGCAUUUAUCACCAACACCAAUACCACCAAAACCAUCCAGCCAUGAUAGCUUUAAUGGAAGAACACGUGGAGUACUGGCAUUUUAA